UUUUCGACCAAUGGCAGCGUGUAACGCAAGUUUAGCGGGUGAUUCAGUGCUCGGGCUCGGACGGUCUGUUCGCGGGAAAGAGAAGCUGCUUCAUCGCGGAUAAAGAUCGCAAGCUAACGAUCCCACAAACUUCUCUGUGUUUUACAAACUAGUCCAGAUCGUCUUCUGCUGAAGUGUAGGGAUGCUUUUCCGCUCAAUCGUUGAUAGAGGAGUGGGCAGAAGAAGGCAGAAUGCCCUCCCUGCAGAUCCCUGGCUCAGGUACCCUCUGACGUCCUUGCUGGAGGGCUACCAGUGUGUCCGACAUGACGAGCACAUCUCCUACGGCAACCUGGGUGACUCCGUGCCUCCGUUUGGACUGGCUUUCUCCUCUGCCGGGGAGCCGCAGAACGUCCUUGCAGCGGCUAAUGAAGAAGGCAUUGUUCGGAUCUAUGACACAGAGAGCCGAGAGAGGCCACUUCUUAAAGAGUGGCUGGCUCAUGAGAACGCUGUCUUUGACUUAGCCUGGGUACCAGGGGAGCCCCAGAUAGUGACUGCUGCCGGGGAUCAGAUGGCCAGGCUGUGGGAUGUGAAGUCAGGGGAGCUUUUAGGCAGCUUCAAGGGCCACCUCUGCAGCCUCAAGUCCGUCGCGUUCACGCCGCAGGAGAAAGCUGUGUUCUGCACCGGAGCCAGAGAUGGCAAUAUUAUGGUCUGGGACACCAGGUGCAGCAAAAAAGACGGUUUCUACAGACAGGUGAAGCAGAUCAGCGGCGCUCACAACAAGGCGGAGGCGACCCCCCUCACCAAGGCGAAGAAGAGGCGGGGAAGCGCACGAGGCAUGGCUCCCUGUGUGGACUCCCAGCAGAGCGUCACGGUGGUUUUGUUUCGGGAUCAGCACACACUCAUCUCCUCUGGGGCCGUCGACGGUGUGAUCAAGAUGUGGGACCUCAGAAAGAACUACACAGCACACCGUCAAGAUCCCGUUCCUCUGCAGACGUACCUGUACCCGGGGUCAUGCAUGCGCAGUCGGCUGGGUUACUCCGGUCUUGUUCUGGACUCGGUGAGAUCCAACGUUUUCUGUAACUGCACCGACGAUAAUAUCUACAUGUUCAACCUCAGCGGAACCAAAACGACUCCAGUUGAAGUUUUCAAUGGCCACCAGAACUCCUCGUUUUAUGUGAAGUCCACCGUUAGCCCAGACGACCAGUUCUUGGCCAGCGGUUCCAGUGACAAUCACACGUACAUCUGGAAGAUCUCUGAUCCGAAACAUCCUCCCAUGAUGCUCCAAGGCCACAGCGAGGAGGUGACGUCCGUCGCCUGGUGCCCGACAGAUUUCACCAAGAUUGCUUCCUGCUCCGAUGACCACACGGUGCGGAUCUGGAGGCUUCGCCGGGAAAUGGAUGGAGCGCAGGCUUCAGUGGGACAGGCCAACCUUGUGGGCUGGGCACGCUCGAAGUCUCCCUUAAGGCCUCCGAGCAGAGCCGAAACAACCCCUGCCAAGACCCAGAGGACAGACAGUCUUGCUGGCCUUGCGUCACCACAGCUUGCGGCCUGCGCUCCCAGUGGCGCCGCCUUGCCUCUGCCCUCCAGCACCACGUCACCCAAACCUUCUCAGGACGCUAAGGCUGCCGCCGCUCGCCAGAGGACGCCGACUUCUAUCAAGGAGUGGUUAUCUCCGGGCCGCGGAUCUCCCGGUCAGGUCGGCCUUCCGCUCUGUCGGGUGCUGAGCCCGUGUCCCCAGAGCCCGGCGGGCAGCGCCUCUCCCACGGACCGACGUGCCAAACGCAGGCUGGAGGCUGCCGACAAUGUAUCCCUGAGCUGCGAGGGUGUAGAAGAGUUGGACUGUGUUAAUCGACUUUACCCAGCAGCCAAGAGAAGCCGAGCCCUGUCUGGAAUCUUCUGCCCCGCUCAGGACAGCCGGGUACAAACAGGUUGCCACGCGGAGGACAAGCAAGCCUUGUCGAGGCAGACCGGCAAGGAGAACUGUUCCCCCAGAGCCGCUGACUGGCUGUCAGUGAUGAGCCAAAAGAUGAGGAAUGGUCAAGGAAGUCCAAGUGCACCCAGAAGCCCCAGUGGCUCAAAGAGACAAGAGGGCAAGACACCAGCUUCACCGACCAUCCGCUCACCACAUGCCACGAAGAAAAUCUCCACGUAUUUCUCAAGAAGGCCUCUGGAGUGACCGCUCCUGCCAGUCAGAUGCGUUGUGCUUCUGUUUAAAAUGUUUUAUUUAGGGUAUUUUUACCUGAACCCACUGACAAGAAGCCUCUAAGAACACUGAUCUAUGUCCAGAUGAACCCGGAAAGAUUGGGGAAAAAAAAAAAAUGAAAAUACACCGUUCUGAAUAUUUGAUGUUGCGGUUUUCACAUCCCCGAGAGGCUGCUUUAAUUUAAUUGGGUCAUAGGUUUUGCAAUUGUCUCCUACACAGUCUUCUGGAGCUGUGCAGAAAUGUUCUGGUUGAAAAGAGAAAAAAAAAAGUCCAAGGGAUGCUUCAGUGUUAAUUAGGAGAACGUUCAAUGGAUGUUGUUCAGGAGGUCAACAUCAUAUUAAUUGCCAAGUGCAGAGAAAAACGUCCGACCGCAGGUGUGGACAUUUUAAAAUUCUGCUGAAAGAAAUGAACAUUUAUUUAAUUCACAUCUUGAACAGUUUUAUGGACUUCACUGAGAUGCAUUGCUUUGUCUUUGUGAGUUUUUUUCAUGUGUGGGUUUUGAUUCUACAAGUGUAAUUUUUUUUUCUUGAACAGACUGUUCAAGCUGUUAAUAUGUACAAAAUAACUGAUGAUUGUUGCUUGGUUCCCAUGUAUUUAACUGCCAUAAUUUUGCCAUGGUCAGAUAUAUUAAAUUGAAAAUUGUUUGUUGUAAUUGUAAAAUCAUCACUUUGAUCAUUUCCUGCAGUAGCUUACAAGUUUUGUCUCCUUUAGAGACCAAUCUAAAUAAAGUCCUUGUAAAAAGCA